CAAAGAAGAGAGCCGUCAGCUGGUGACAGGACGGUGAAUUAGAGGAUGGCAACCAAACAGACACACGGCGCUUCAUAGCUGGAAGCCUCUUUCAACGUUAAAGCCUUUAUCGAUAAGUUUCGAAGGCCACAGGUGAAUUAAUGUACUUUCUCAAACAUACAUUAGUUUGUCGCGGUCUGCUCAGGACGUGCAAUGGACUUUAACGCGCACGGACCGCAAGGGACGUGUACAAUCGACAGAAGAUAAUCGACAUUUUGACGGCAUUGUCAUGAGGGACCGACUAGCCGAUUUGAAUGGGGGCAGACUGAGUGCCAGUGAAGAUGGGGGUGUCACUGUGUCCAUGGAGAGAGAUGGCUUCAUGCAGGAUUUUUUCAGAAAGGUGGAGGAGGUCAGAGGUGUCAUCAACAAAAUCUCCUCCCUAGUGAAUGAGGUGAAGAAAAAACAUAGUGUGAUUCUUUCGGCUCCAAACCCUGAUGAGAGGACAAAAGAAGAGCUAGAACAACUCACAGUGGAAAUCAAGAAACAUGCCAAUUUUGUCCGGACCAGCCUCAAAUCAAUGCAACAGAAUCUACCUUCAGAUGAACAGAUGAAUCAAGCCUCUGUGGAUGCACGCAUUCAGAAAACACAGCAUACUAACUUGUCGCGCAAGUUCGUGGAGGUCAUGACGCAGUAUAAUGAAGCCCAAAUGUCCUUCAGAGAGAAAAGCAAAAGCAGGAUUCAGAGACAGCUGGAGAUCACUGGAAGAUUAACAACUAAUGAGGAAUUGGAGGAGAUGCUGGAGACCGGAAACCCUUCUAUUUUCACCUCCGAUAUCAUCUCCGACUCUCAGAUAACUCGUCAGGCCCUUAACGAGAUCGAGUCCCGACAUAAAGACAUCUUGCAGCUGGAGUCUAGCAUCAAAGAGCUUCAUGACAUGUUUGUGGACAUGGCCAUGCUUGUUGAGACCCAGGGUGAGAUGAUUGACAACAUUGAAAAGAAUGUAAACAAUGCGGUAGAGUACGUCGGCCAAGCUAAAGUGGAGACCAAGAAAGCUGUGAGGUACCAGACACAGGCACGCAGGAAAUACAUUAUUCUUGCUCUUAUUGUUUUGGUGGUGCUCGCUGUGGUCACACUCAUUGUUGGCUUAUCUGUGGGUCUGUCUGUUAAAACCAAUACUAACUCCGCCUCCUCCAGCUCUAACGCAGCCAAUCCUUCCUAGGCAUGGUUUCCAAGAAAUUGCUCUAUGUUGCCAUUUGUGGAGUCGUGUGCAGCAUCGUUCUUCUCAUCGUCAUCCUCAUUGGAGUGUACACCGAUUAGUUACCUUCAGCUGAACUUGUAUCCCUUUAACAUCACUGUGCCUUUGGGGGGAGAAAAGUGGUUUUGACUGAAAUGUAAAAUAUCCUGCUGAAUACUGCUCUUCAGUUUAUUACUGGUGAAUUGUGUAGAAGGUGGCACUGAUCUAUUGUCGAAGACUUUCCUUUUUGACAUUGCUUUGCCGCUUCCCUACAGCAACCAGAGGUAAUUUUCCAUCUCUUUAUUAAUCUAAUGCAGGUGAAUAAAUUUUGCACGGUUGAAUAAUGUUUUGUAAUAAUACAAUAUGUAACAUUGGGUACCUCGUGCCUUGGGAGAUCCGACUGACACUGUGGAGUUAAAUAAAAUCCUGCACUUAAGUGCACUUAAGAUAUAUUUUAUUAACAAAAAAAGACGUUUGUAUUCAAGAGUCACAAGUUCAUUUCGGCUUUUACACGAUGGCUCCACACGAUAUGAUGUCCGAUCUGUGAACAAUGUUACAAAGCAUCAUUUAGUCACUCGUUUGACGUUGUUCCUUUUUUGUAUCUUGCGUAUGACUGUCUUUACAGGAAUGUAAACAUGCAGGCAGACGCUCACAAAGUGCAUUGUAAAAUAAAUGUGAGUUGCUUACCGCUCAAAA